CUCUCUUGUACAAAGCCCACACUUACUGUUGUUGAACAGCAGAGCUUUGCCCAGUAGUCCUUACUGAGGACAGUCUCAGCUUGUCCCAAGCAGCAACAUUUAGCAGAGAUCCUCUGCUGAGGAGAGGGUUGGUGUUCAGAGGGACAUCUGUGCUUUGUCAUGCCUUUCAUUUGCCCCACCUAACGUCUUCUAACACACCCACCACAAGUGGGUGGGUGACAUUUAAAUUCCACAUGGCUCUUAUUAUUAGGGUGUUGAGGCAUGUACAUAAGCAUCAUUUCUAGGUGGAGGGGUCAUGCUGCCUUCAGGAACAGCAGGACAGAAAUGGCAUUUGCUGCAGUGGAGAGCUGCAUACUUCAGUUCUUACUGGACGUGUUUGGCAAGAUGGAGCCACCGACCUCUUCCAGGCUGAAUUCCCGAAAGAGAAGAAAAGAUGGAUCUGGCCCCAAUGGGGCAGCAGAGCUUGAUGGAAUCCCUCCAAAAAUGUCCCGACGCUCUCUGGGACUGAGGGAACCAGCCCCGUUUUCAGAUGAAGUGGAGAUUGACUACAGCAAGCCAUACAUCAGAGUAACGUAUGAAGAAGCGAUGAGAGGGACCCCUUUGGAUCGCCCUGUCAGAGUUUAUGCUGAUGGAAUAUUUGACUUGUUUCACUCUGGACAUGCCCGGGCCCUGAUGCAAGCAAAGAACCUCUUCCCAAACACAUACCUCAUUGUUGGAGUCUGCAGUGAUGAGCUAACCCACAACUUCAAGGGCUUCACGGUAAUGAAUGAAAAUGAACGGUAUGAUGCAGUGCAGCACUGUCGCUACGUGGAUGAAGUGGUGAGAAAUGCCCCGUGGACACUCACCCCCGAGUUCCUGGCAGAGCACAGGAUCGAUUUUGUUGCACACGAUGACAUCCCCUAUUCUUCUGCUGGCAGCGAUGAUGUUUAUAAGCAUAUAAAAGAAGCAGGUAUGUUUGCACCAACUCAGAGGACUGAGGGGAUCUCAACAUCAGAUAUCAUCACCCGGAUCGUGCGGGACUACGAUGUUUAUGCCAGACGAAACCUGCAGCGUGGUUACACAGCUAAAGAGCUCAAUGUCAGCUUCAUAAACGAGAAAAAAUACCACCUCCAGGAGCGUGUGGAUAAGGUGAAAAAGAGGGUGAAGGAUGUAGAGGAGAAGUCAAAGGAAUUUGUACAGAAAGUAGAGGAGAAGAGUAUUGAUCUCAUUCAGAAGUGGGAAGAGAAGUCACGGGAGUUCAUCGGCAAUUUCCUGGAAAUGUUUGGCCCAGAAGGUGCAUUGAAACACAUGCUGAAGGAGGGCAAGGGCCGGAUGCUGCAGGCCAUCAGCCCAAAGCAGAGUCCCAGCAGUAGUCCCACGCACGACCGCUCCCCAUCUCCCUCCUUCCGCUGGCCCUUUUCAACCAAGACUCCUCCUUCCUCCCCGGCCAACCGCUCCAAGAACGAGUCUGCAGUCACCUACGACAUCAGUGAGGAUGAAGAGGAUUGAGCUACCCACCGGGAUUUGCUGUGAACUGCUAAUUGCCAAAUCCUAAAUCCGGACCCAUUGGGAACUCUAAAUGAGCAAGAGAGCCAUAGGAACAGGGCUGAUGGUGAGCAUAGGGCCUUGGAGGCACCCAUUGCUCUUAGCAAGUGCUACUGCCUGGAAGCACAUUCAAACCUCCUCUCCCUUCUCCCCAAAUUCCCCUUUUAUUGUUUACGUAUUAGUGGUUUCCAGGGGGAUGAUGGUUUUUAUAUUUUAAGAAAAUACUCUUUUAAAGCGCAAAGAAUAGCACUCAAGUGUGGCUUUUGUUUUUGUUUCUUUACCCUUGUUAAACCUCCAGGCUAGAGGGAGAGUAGAAAGACCCAUCUGUCUCUUCUUUCCUUCAGCUCCUCUGUCUUAUUCCUCCCCCUCCCCAGGCAGUAUCUGUGCCUCUGCCAAACGAAAGGCCCCUCUGUUCCUCAGCCAGCGUGACCUCCAGAGCAUGCAGGAAGCGGUGGUGUAAAGAGGCUUCCAGGUAACAGAGACAUCUCUGCUGCACUGAAGCUGAUGGGAAUCUGUCCAGCAGACACUGUAGUGCUUGUGUGCCUCUUAGCUGAGCUUCCCCACGUGUCACAGUGAGGACGUGCUGAGUAGAGAUCUACCAGCUUAGCACUCAGGAGUCACAUCCUGUAAAAACUCACAGCACCAUAGAGUUGCACAGCACGUAAGUGCACAGCAUUUACGGCUCCAAAUUGUAUGGGCCCUGCAGGGGAAAGGCCUUUGCAGCUGAUCAAGAAACUAAAUCUUGAGCUAAAAUUCAGCCCUCAGUUGCUGUUGGAGAAUGAAUCUUUGCUUCAGGGCUCUUGCUGUCUUGUGAAUUUCCUUGGGUGUGUGAGAGCCCAGGUAGGAAAUUAAUGUGUGUUCUCCUUUCAAGAAGUUCCUUAUCCCAGUCUCUGGUGUGUAAUAAGUUGUACUGUCUGUCCACAUGGCUCCUGAACACUGUGCUCUAUGCGUGUUUGUCUGUGUUUCAGUUGCUGUGCUCUAGGGGCUGGAGCAGUCCUUUACUCUGGUGCCAUGAAGUCGCUGCUGUAAGGACAAGCCAUGAAUUCAUACAGCUGGUUUGCUCUCCAUGUUGGCAUGUGCAGUGGGACAGGUGAAGGGCACAUUUUACCCCAGGAAAGGGUCCCAUUCCAUGUGACAAUUACCUGACUUGUGCACUAGAUGCAAAUUGGUGCCCUCUAACUCUGCUCCUUGAGGCAGGCCAGAAAGAGCAUCAGAGAGCACUGCAGCCUUUCAAGAGUUUAAACGUGUAAUCUGCUUGUUUGAAACCAUGGUCUAUGUCUCACCUGCUGUCAUGUCUGUAACACACACUGAGCUUUAUGGCCUGCAGCUCCCUGCUGGCAGUUGCCCUCCCUGUGCUGUGUGCCAGCACUCAGAGCAGCUCGGUGUGCCCUGUCCUGGCAGCCAGCACUGGAGGGACUGGAUUUAGUGUCCUGUAGCUGUGAAACUCCCUCUUGCUUUUCUGUUCAGGUUUGCCUGUGAUACCUGUUGUCUCUGUGUGGAGCUACUGGGCUGAGUUGCCUGUGACCUUCAGAGGUGGUGAGGGCAGAGGAGGACAGCUCAGAGCAGUACUUGCAGGGGAGGUCUUCAGAGCUGGAUUACUGGGCAGGAGGAGCAAUGGGUGCAGAAGGCAAAUCCUCAAGUGCUGCCACAGGCUCUGUGGUGCUUCCAGGGGACACAGAGGCCUGUGAUAGGAGCAGAUUGCUGCUUCUUUCAGGCUUUUAUCUUGCUGAUCUUUUGUCACACUGUCCAAAGGGCUUGACAGAGCUCUGCUUCCAUUGAGGCCAGAACUGAUGUAGGAAAGGGUAUUCUGGGGACUCCAUCUGCCACUUGGACCUCUCUCAGCAGGGACAUUCACAGCUAUGGGAGCAUGGUUGGCUGCUAUGAGUUUUAAGCUGCAAGGAGCAAAUAAUGGUGUCUUGGUACAAGCCAGUUGUUAAUCCUGUGGUUUAUGAAUGGUAGAGCACUUACUUUAUACCACCUACAUUCUCUCUUCCCUCAUCCUCCUCACCUUCCCCUCCUCACCCUUCCUUCAGUAUGGGUGUUAUGUUGCUUUCCUGAGCUGGAUGACGAAGGCCAGGCUGCUUUAGAGCCUUACUGCUGUUUUAAACACAAGUUAAGCAACAGUGUUCUGUACAUUUGAAUAACAAUGGUGGUUUGGAUGGUGAUUUGUUCUGCAGAGACCUUAACAUAUUCCUUGGUCUCUGCAAAACCUGGGGUGCUUGAUGGUAAGCCAGCCGUGGUUUUACAUGUAGCUUGGAAUAACAGAGCUGUUUCUUAUAACCAGUAAUCCCUGCUUCCUUCUUGCACUUAAAUUAAAUUUGACACUCAAAUCCCA